GUAUUCUCGCUCGCAACAUUCCAAGCGAUGAAGCUGACCUAAUCGCGCAGAAAAUACAGAAAAUUGAUUAUGUUAUUUGUAAUCUUUACCCUUUCAAGGAGACAAUUGCAAAGGAAGGAAUUACAAUUGCCGAAGCUGUAGAGGAAAUUGAUAUUGGUGGUGUCACGCUUUUGAGAGCCGCUGCAAAAAACCAUGACCGUGUGACUAUUCUUUCCGAUCCAAAUGAUUAUCUAAAAUUUUUAGCUGAAUUAAAAAAGGAUGAUUGUAUAUCCGAAAAUUCACGUAGAUUAUUCGCGUUGAAGGCUUUUAAUCACACUGCAGAUUACGAUGAAGCAAUUUCAAAUUAUUUUAGACAACAAUAUGCUAAAAAUAUUUCUCAACUCACUCUACGUUACGGUGCCAAUCCACAUCAAAAGCCCGCCCAAGUCUUUGUAAAAGAUGGCUGUCUUCCUAUACAGGUUCUAUCCGGAUCACCAGGCUAUAUUAAUCUUCUUGAUGCGUUAAAUGGCUGGCCACUAGUAAAGGAACUUAAAGCUGCACUCAAUCUUCCUGCUGCUGCUUCUUUCAAACAUGUGUCUCCUGCUGGAGCUGCGGUUGGACUUCCAUUGGACGAGAUUGAAAAAAAGGUGUAUUUUGUAGAUGAUCUUAAAGAGCUAUCUCCUUUAGCCACUGCUUAUGCUCGUGCUCGUGGGGCAGAUAGGAUGUCUUCCUUUGGUGAUUGGAUUGCUUUGAGUGAUAUAGUCGAUGUUCCAACUGCUAAAAUUAUUUCACGUGAGGUGUCUGAUGGUAUCAUCGCUCCUGGUUAUGAUCCUCAAGCUCUUGAGAUUUUAAGUAAGAAGAAGGAUGGAAAAUAUACUGUUAUUCAGCGUAACAAUGUUAAGAUUGAUCAAAAAUUAUUUGAAAAUAUUGUAACAAAAAAUAAGAAUCUUCCGAACUCAGCGAUCACCGAUCUCAUUGUUGCCACAGUCGCUCUCAAAUAUACACAAUCUAAUUCUGUAUGUUAUGCUAAAAAUGGCAUGGUGAUUGGACUUGGUGCUGGACAACAAUCACGCAUCCACUGUACGCGAUUAGCUGGUGAAAAAGCUGACAACUGGUGGCUUCGUCACCAUCCCAAAGUGAUUGGUUUUGAUUUUAAAAAAACGACAAAACGAGCUGAAAAGAGUAAUGCAAUUGAUCUAUAUAUAUUGGAUAAAAUUGGCGAGGGACUAGAACGUACUUCUUGGGAAUCACAAUUCAAUACGAUUCCCGAGCCUCUGACGCCUGAAGAACGUAAAUUACAUCUGGCAUCACUCUCAGGAGUCGCGCUUUCCUCUGAUGCUUUCUUUCCUUUUUCAGACAAUAUUCAUCGAGCUCGUCAAUCUGGAGCUAAUUACGUUGCAGCUCCAAGUGGUUCUAUACAAGAUCAAGCAGUGAUACAAGCGGCUGACGAACAUGACAUGGUUUUAAUUCAUACUGAUUUGAGACUAUUUCAUCAUUAA